GUUUAAACCACCUGUCCUUUGACCCUGCCAGCACCGAGUCCCUGGGGCUUGAGAGCCCGGCUGAGGAUGGAAGUGACCCGGGGAAGAGGAAGAGGAGCAGCAUUCCCCCAGAUGGUGGCAGAAAUCUGAGCCUGGACUCCGUUCCGAUGGGACUGCCAAUGUCCGACCCGAGCGCCUGGGCCACCGCCAUGAACAACCUGGGCAUGGCUCCCAUGGGCAUGACAGGCCAGCCCCUCCUGCCUGAUUUUGAUCCUGCUCUUGGAAUGAUGACUGGAAUCCCUCCAAUCAACCCCAUGAUGCCAGGCCUGGGGAUUGUCCCACCUCCCAUCCCUCCAGACAUGCCGGCCGUGAAGGAGAUCAUCCACUGCAAGAGCUGCACUCUGUUCCCACCCAACCCACAUCUUCCCCCUCCAGCCACGAGAGAGAGGCCCCCAGGGUGCAAGACAGUGUUUGUGGGAGGCCUGCCGGAGAACGGGACGGAGCAGAUCAUCAUGGAGGUGUUUGAGCAGUGUGGGGAGGUCAUAGCUAUCCGCAAGAGCAAGAAGAACUUCUGCCACAUCCGCUUUGCUGAGGAGUUCAUGGUGGACAAGGCACUUUACCUGUCUGGCUACCGCAUCCGGCUGGGCUCCAGCACGGACAAGAAGGACACGGGGCGGCUGCACGUGGACUUUGCCCAGGCCAGGGAUGACCUGUACGAGUGGGAGUGCAAGCAGCGCAUGCUGGCGCGCGAGGAGCGCCACUGGCGCCGCCUGGCCGAGGAGCGCUUCCGCCCGCCCUCGCCGCCGCCCGUCGUCCACUACUCCGACCACGAGUGCAGCGUGGUGGCUGAGAAACUCAAAGAUGACACCAAGUUCUUGGAAGCCAUCCAGACCUUGCUGACCUGGAUAGAACGUGGGGAAGUGAACAGGAGAACUGCCAACAACUUCUACUCCAUGAUCCAGUCGGCCAACAGCCACAUCCGCAGGCUCGUCAACGAGAAGGCGGCUCACGAGAAGGAGAUGGAGGAGGCUAAAGAGAAGUUCAAACUGGCUCUCUCAGGGAUCCUGGUGCAGUUCGAGCAGAUAGUGGCCGUGUACCAUUCUGCCUCCAAACAAAAGGCUUGGGACCAUUUCACGAAAGCUCAGCGUAAGAACAUCAGCGUGUGGUGCAAACAAGCAGAGGUUGGUAAUCUUUUCUUGUGUGUCCCCAGCUCUGGUGACACAGGUGGAGCCCUUGUGCAGGGUGAGGAGCAGAGGGGUCCCUGCUGUCCAUGGUUUGAUUGCUGUGUGUCCCCAGCUCUGGUGACACAGGUGGAGGCACUGAAGGAGGAGAACGACAGCCUGCGCUGGCAGCUGGACGCGUACCGCAACGAGGUGGAGCUGCUCAAGCAGGAGCAGGGCAAGGCCUCCAGGGACGAGGACACCACCAAGGAGCAGCAGAUGAAGCUCCUCCAGCAGGCUCUGCAGGGCAUGCAGAAGCAUCUUUUGAAAGUCCAAGAGGAGUACAAGAAGAGAGAGGCUGAGUUGGAAAAAGUGAAAGAAGACAAACUGAAAAUAGAAACGUUGCUGGAAAACCUGAAGGAGCAGGAGAGCAGCACGUCCAGAGUCUGUGCCUGCAGCCAGGAGAAGGAAUGUCCGGUGGAGAAGACCUUGAGCAACAGCCCUGUGAAAUCUGAACGAGAAGUUCUCUUAGUUGGGAUCAUCUCAACCUUCCUCCAUGUGCAUCCCUUUGGGGCCAGCAUUGAGUACAUCUGCUCCUACCUGCAGCGCCUGGACAGCAAGAUCUGCACGGCCGAGGUGGAAGUGCUCAUGACACGACUGCAGAACACGUUCCGGCAGGAGCUCAGCGGGGUCGGGGCCAGCCUGGAGAAGAGGUGGAAGUUUUGUGGCUUUGAUGGGUUGAAGAUGACUUGAGCUUUGACUUCUGGCUGGAAGCAGCAGGAUAGGGAUGCUGAGGAAAGCCGGGAUGCUCCUCCCUCUGCUCCUGCCAUUCCCUCCCACCACGGCCCCGGGGUACAAAGAGUAAAAGUGAAACCAAGUCCAGAGCACCACUGGAAGAACCUCCAAGCUCUGCAGCUCCUUUGAUCAGUUAUUUGUUAAUGGGCAAGUGCUGUUCAAUAUAUUUGGGGAAAAGCUCCUGCCUGACCCUUUGAAGCACA